AUGGCUACAAAUUUCGCGGCAGGAUGGGCUCGGUUCAUUCCGAUGAUCGGGUACCACCAUGUGUUGAUGAUUAUCAUUGCAGUUGCUAUUAUCUUAUUAUCACUUCUGUUGGCCGGAUGUUCCUCCUCAUCCCCACAAAUCCCUGACAUCUUCUUGAUCUCCCUGUACUAUGAGAGUUACAAGCCCAAUUUCGCCCUGGCACAAGUCGAUCCGGGUGUUACCACCGCUAUGGCUAACAUUGUGCACAACGCCGAGCUAGAGGUUCGAGUGGGAUACUUCGGUAUCUGCGUUCAACCUGACCAUGGCUCAUACAUUUGCAACGCCAAUGCCACCGCACUGGCUGAGAUCGUCAAUGUGGACCAGGACCCACUCAACUUGAUCUGGGUCGCCUCAACAUUCAAAGAUGCGGUUGUGUUCCCAUACUUACUUAUCGUCGCUAUUAUUCUCGCCUUCAUCUGUUUCAUCCUUCUAGCCACAUUCCCCGGCUGGCACGAAGAAGUCGGUGACUCCGGUUCCGAUGUUGAGGUCAAGCCUUUCCCAUCGCGGCCUGUCUCCCAAGCCGCGCUUGCACUCAUCUUCAUCUCCUCCGUAUUCGUCCUCGUGUCCGUAUUAUGGCAGCACACGGCGUCUGUCGCAGCGAGUACUAUCGCACAAGAUAUGGGCAACGGCAGCGUCAAGAGCGGAGUCGGGACUUCAGCCAUGGUGCUGGGUUGGUUCGGCUUUGUUCUCAUGGUCAUCGUCACAGUUGGUCUUCUAGUCAUGAUUCUCAGUAUCCGAAUGAUUCGGAAAUUGACAGAUGACGAAGAAUGA